CGGGCGCCUUUCCUGUUUCGAAGAAGCACGUAACAGCAGCUCAUGUCGGAUACACACCCUGUCACUACCAGGACUCCCCACCCACAGCUCACUCACACACGCACACACACAUUAUCUUACGCACCCACCCACCCAUACCCAUUCACACAGCUUCCCACCAACACACACACACAUCCACUCACAUGCAUCCACAUAUACAUCCACUCACCUAGACACCGAAUAACUCACCCACCUAGCCAUCCAAGCUCACACCUGCCCAUCCACUCACUCCCAUCGACUUGCAACAUACAAAUAUCCGCUAACCGACACAUAAACUCUCCCACACACUCGGCACACAUCCAACCACUCACUCACCAACCAGCUACUCACGCACACACCACUCACCCGCUCACUCACCCACCCUCACUCACCCAACCAGUUACUCACGCACACACCCACUAACUCACCCAAUCAGCCACUCAUGCACACAACCACGAACCCGUUCACUCACCCACCCAGCCAGCAAUCUGUCAAUCCCUCCGCGCUCCACACAACGCCCUGAGUUGCCUCCUAGACAACCGCUCUCCAUUGCUCCCUGCGGACUCCGCUGGCGCGUCGCGAAUGUCCUAGUUGCAUCCCACAAUUGCUGAGGUGGAACCACGGACAAGAGCUGCAAAGCUGUCAGCCGAUUGAAGUCCCCCGGAGCGCGGCUCCCCCCGCCCCAUGGCGCGGAGCCCCAUCCCGGAGCGCCUCGUGGAGCGGCUCCUUCUGCCUGGGACCGGGGAGGCGAUGCCGGGGUCGCCCGGGCAACGCGAGCGCACGGAUCAUGACAAGGAGUAUGUUGGCUUUGCCACACUCCCCAACCAAGUCCACCGCAAGUCCGUGAAGAAAGGCUUCGAGUUCACGCUGAUGGUGGCCGGCGAGUCGGGCUUGGGGAAGUCGACUCUCAUCAACAGCCUCUUCCUCACCGACCUCUACCACGACCGCGUGCUGCUGCCCGCUGACGAGCGGAUCGCGCGCACGGUGGAGAUCUUGCGACGCACGCUGGAGAUCGAGGAGAAGGGCGUGCGACUGCGCCUCUCCCUGGUCGACACCCCCGGGUUUGCCGACGCCAUCGACAACACGGAGUGUUGGCAGCCGGUGGUGGAAUACGUGGAGGAGCAGUUCGAGUCGUACUUCCGUGAGGAGAGCGGCCUCGACCGCAAGAACCUGCAGGACACGCGCGUCCACUGCUGCCUCUACUUCAUCUCGCCCUACGGGCACGGGCUGAAGCCGCUGGAUGUGGAGUUCAUGAAGGCACUGCACAACAAGGUGAACAUCGUUCCCGUCAUCGCCAAGGCCGACACGCUCACCAUGCGGGAGAGGGAGACGCUCAAACGCAGGGUCCAAGAGGAGCUGAGUGAAAACGACAUUAAGAUCUACCAGUUCCCGGAGUGCGACUCGGACGAGGAUGAUGAAUUCAAGAGGCAGGACGAGGAGUUGAAGGCCAGCAUCCCAUUCGCAGUGAUUGGUGGCAGCGCGGUUGUGGAGGCUUCAGGGCGCCGGGUGCGCGGCCGCCUCUACCCAUGGGGAAUCGCUGAGGUGGACAGCAGCGAGCACUGCGACCUGGCGAAGCUGCGCACGAUGCUGAUCCGCACGCACAUGCAGGACCUGAAGGACGUGACGCGCGACCUGCACUACGAGGAGCACCGCGCACGCUGUAUCCAGCACAUGACACGCGUGGCCACGCGCACCCGCACACGCAGUAAGCUGUCCCGCGAGAGCGUCGUGGACUUCCCCAUGCCCAUCAUGUCGGGCCUAGCGGGCAGGGCGGACGCGCUCAUCCGGGCCAAGGAGCAGGAGCUCGCCCGCAUGCAGGAGAUGCUGGUUCACAUGCAGAACAAGGUUCAGGCCCAGUCUACUCAGUCAUCAACAUAAUCCAGCUGUGUCAGGCUAGGUCCACGAUCAUUCCGUCCCGUCGCAUUAAAACACCCAGAGGAUUCUCCCCUGAGCUUGUCCAAUCGAGUUGCUUGCAACUGCUCACUCAAGCGUGGACCAGGCUUGAGUGGAGCCCAAAUCUUAAUCUUCCCAAACACCUCCAAAGCCACGGUCGCUGAAAACCAAAACGUGAUCGCAAACUCCGUGAACCCCACAGUUUUCUCCCAAUGCUGAAGAAAUCCAAUCGCAAAUUUCACGCAACUAAUUUUCAUCACGGUCCCAACGAUGUUCAAGUUGUCCAUGUUUGCAGGAAAGCAACGUGCGCCCCAAUACAUCCCCAAACGUCACCCUCCGAUCUCAAGCCAGUGGGAUAGUACAAAGUCAAAAGUUUAAGUUUAUUGUCUUUAACUAGAACUCGAGAGGCCAGGAUGGAAGAGUCUCGUUUGCAAGCGUGACCUGGGUCAUCACAAUGACAAAAGCAAUAGAGUAAAAUAAAGCGAUGAAGGGCCAUUGCCCAAAA